AAAUUACACUACUUUCGGCCUAAACAGCCAAAAAGUUAAAAAAACCUAGAAGAGAGGAAGAGAGGAGGAGCGUUAGGUUUUAAAAAAUAUUUUUGAUUUUGCUUUUAGUAUAAAGUUAUUGAUAAGUUUUCCUAAAAUUAUAAUUGUUAAUUAGUUUAAUCGGUUAACUACAAAGUAUUUAGAAAAUAAUACCUAAAUAUUUAUACAGAGCACUGUACAUUUUGUGUCAUAGACUCAUAGCCACCCUUUACUACUCUCUAUAACCCAUACAAUUUGGUAUUCUCGUCAGCUUGACUUGGUCUUAUAUACAAGAAAUUUAGAAAUAAAAUACGAAAUGCAGGCAAGAUCUCCGGAGCCCUAGAAGCUUCAAUGUGGUAUUUGAAGAUAAUAUUUUUUUAAAGAGUAUCCUAAAUUCCUAAUCAAACCCAUACAAUUAAACUGAAGAUAAUAUUAUUUUAUUAAACUCAUACAUACCAUUUCGAGAAAGUUUACUUGAAGAUAAUAUUCAAGUCAAUAUAAACAACAACGCUGACAAAAAUUAGACUAAAAAAAAAAAGAUUUUCAGCCGCAUCUUAAAUACAAAUAUGUAUUUCUUUGACUUUCAUACCAACUAAAGAAUAUCACACCAGUUACGAAUUGAACAAAACAAGCCAUACUGACCAAAUGUUUCCUCUAUAUAAAGGGUACCAAUUUUCUCUAAGAAAACACAUCAAACACAUCUACAACAUUAUAUCUAGACUUCAAUACUUACAUUGGUAUUAAGUUAACGAUCAAACACCACCUUACAACACCUUCUAGCUAUUAGAAAGCUUAUACGAUGAACAAUCUUUCAUAUUUCUUCGUCCUUUGUCUCCUAGCCACCCUAUCUCAUGCCAUAGAGCUCGACUUUUGUGUUGGGGACCCUAGUCUUCCUAGAGGACCUCAAGGCUAUGCUUGUAAAGAUCCUACAAAAGUCACUACUGAUGAUUUUGUUUACACAGGAUUCCGUGGUGAAAAAACUCCUAACAAUGUUUUUGGGAACAAUGUGACAUUAGCAUUUUCAGAUGUGUUCCCAGCUUUUAAUGGUUUAGGUAUAUCUAUGGCCAGGUUAGACUUCGCCGUAGGAGGAGUAAUCCCAGUACAUUCCCAUCGUACGUCGGAAGUUCUUAUUCUGGUUAAAGGUUCAAUCAUUGCAGGUUUUAUUGAUACCAAUAACACUGCAUACUAUAAAAGAUUAGAGGUUGGUGAUGUCAUGGUGUUUCCACAAGCCAUGCUUCACUUCCAAAUCAAUGUUGGCAAAACUCCGGCUACUGCAUUUGUUAGUUUGAAUGGAGCAAACCCAGCACUACAACUCACUCCAACCGCCUUAUUUGCUGGGAACUUACCUGCUGACAUUGCCCAGAAAAUCACACUUGUGAGUCAAAAGGAAGUUAUGCGCAUGAAGCGAAUAUUCGGGACAGCUUAACAAAAUUUCUUUCCCGAAUUAUUCUAAAUUCCAACGUAAUAAAUUAUGAAGUUUUGCAAUAAAAAAAAUGUAUAAAUAAUUUAUGUCCUUUGUAUUCUUUCAUUUGUUUGUAUCAAUAAAUACACGGUACCGUACUUGUAUUUUUGUUAUUUAUUUUAAGUUGAAUACUGAUACAUACUUUAUUUUCGUCCAAAAAAUAAAAAAUAAAAAAUCCCCCCUUUAAUUUUCUUUGACGCUCAUCACUUCCUACUUUCCUAGGAUAAUAAUACUUAUACUCUCUAACUAUA